AUGUAUGCAAAUGUGUUUUUAAAUAGAUCAAAGGAGGGCGAAGUGAAAGAAAGGGAAACUAUAGCAAGUGAUUGGCAUAGAGGGACUGCUGGGCUGGAUGGUGUCCAGACCGACAUGGAAAUGCUCGAUCCCAAGACAGUUGUACACGUGGGCAGGAUGACUUUUGGAGAAGAGAGCAGGAAGAAGAUGGCCAGUAGCUAUCUGAAAAGAAGAGAGAAUGCGAAAAUCAUCCAAGCUACCUGUGCGCUGUUAAAUUCUGGAGGGGGUGUGAUCAAAGCAGAGAUUGAUGAUAAAACCUACAGUUAACGAUGCCAUGGGCUGGGGCAGGACCUGGAAACUUCUUUUCAGAAGCUCCUUCCUUCAGGUUCACAGAAAUACCUUGACUACAUGCAGCAGGGGCACAAUCUCCUGAUUUUUGUAAAGUCCUGGAGCCCAGAUGUCUCCAGCCUCCCCCUAAGGAUUUGCAGCUUGCGUUCCAAUCUCUACCAGAGAGCCGUGACUUCCACUGUCAACCUGAGCGCCAGCAGUGCCUUGGAGCUUCUCAGAGAGAAGCAGUCUAGAGCCCAAAGAGGAAGAUCAAGGGUGAAGGAGUGGAGUUCUCAGAAAGUUCCUUACGGAUACAUUCAGGAAGAGGAAGAUAGGAGGGUGUCUGCCUCAGAACUGUUUCAAAAGGACAGGCUCCUGUAUAAGGAGAAACUCAAUGUUACGGAGUCAACACGUGUGGAGCUUAAAAGGUUCACCACCAGAAAGAUUGUCCCUCGGAUUAAAGAAAUGCUGCCUCAUUACGUUUCUGCGUUUGCCAACACCCUCGGGGGAUACCUAAUUAUUGGAGUAGAUGAUAAGAGCAAAGAAGUGUUUGGCUGUCAGAGAGAAAAAGUGAACCCUGACUUACUAAAAAAGGAAAUAGAAAGCUGUGUAGAACAAUUGCCAACCUUCCACUUCUGCUGUGAGAAGCCAAAGGUGCAUUUCACAACCAAAAUCUUGAAUGUGUACCAAAACAACGUCCUGUAUGGCUAUGUCUGUGUGGUUCACAUGGGGCCCUUCUGCUGUGUAGUAUUCACAGAGGCCCUGGAUUCCUGGAUCAUGAGGGACAAUUCUGUCACAAGGCUGACGGCGGAGCACUGGGUAGCCAUGAUGCUGGAUAUUCAGUCAGCAACUUCCAGUCUCGCCACUGACUACAGCUUUCACCUGAGUUCACCAGCUCCAUCAGCCCUAGGAAGCCCAUCAUCUCCCAAAAAAGUCCUGGAAUUUAAGAGACCUCUACAACGUCUGUUUCCAGUGACACAGGAAGAGAUACAGUUUAAACCAGUAUCCCUCUGUAAGAAGCUCUUCUCAGAUCAUAAAGGACUCAAGGAGUUAAUGAAGACACAGAUAUAUCCUUGUUCUCAGGGGAUUGUGAUAUUUUCUAGAAGCUGGGCCAGUGAUGUUGGCUUAAGGAAAGAGCGGGAUGUCCUGUGCGAUGCUCUUCUAAUAGCAGUUAACAGUCCCCUGGUACUCCAUACAAUCUUAAUACGCCCCGGUUGGAUUGGAGGGCUUGAAUAUGGCCGAAACACUGUUCAUCAGUUAAAGCAGAAACUGGGAACCAUUGGUGGUUACACAGGGAAAGUGUGUGCUAUCCCAAGGUUGAUGCACCUGUCCAGCACACAGUGCAGCCCCAAUGAAAUCCCUAAAUCCCUGUUCACUACCCCCAGUCCUACAUGGCUUGCUGCCAAGGAUGAAAUGGAAGACUUGUUGCCGGCCUUUAUCAUAGUCUCACUGUGUUCCAGAUCUCUUCUGAGUGACCAGCUGGGCUGUGAAUUUUUCAACUUGCUCAUAGAGGAGCAAUGUGAGUUGCUUUCAGAAAGCCUUCAGGAGCCGUGAGAAUUUAUCCACUACUUUCCAGGAACCAGGAAGACAGCCCUAGCCAUAAAGAUCGUGGAGAAAAUUAAGCAUUUGUUGCACUGCAAACCAAAAGAGAUCCUUUAUGUUUGUGAAAGUGACUCUUUAAAGGAUUAUGUGAUCCAACAAACCACCUGCAGAGUUGUGACUCGGAAAACCUUACAAGGGGAGUUCCUAGAGGUUAAACACAUAGUGAUGGAUGAGACUGAGAAUUUCUGCAGUAAAUAUGGAGACUAGUACUUGAAGGCCAGGAGCCUUCAAAGGUGAGCUCCCCUCAACCUUCCAAAGGUGAGGGGAGCUGGGAGUGAAAACCUUCAUCAUGGGAUUCUCUGGAUUUUUCUGGACCCUUUCCAAGUCCAUCAGGCAGAUAUUAAUGGCCUCCCCCCUUCAUCUGCUCAGUUUCCUCAAAAAACAAUCACCAAUGGGAUCCACUGUGCUCUGGAAAUAGCAACGGUCACGAAAGAAGAAAUGAGGAGGAUCAGAGCAAAUCUGCCCUCUGGCAGGUCCCCAGACACACUGCCAUUGUUCAGGGAAACUGCCUACAAGGAAGCAGUGUGUGCCCAGGGUCUGCCUGGGGUGGAUGACACAGAGACUGGCCUCACUAUGGAACAAAUUGUGAAACACGUGGUGGAAAGGUGUCACCACCUGUUCCAAUGUGGCUACCUGCCCAAAGACCUAGCCAUUCUGUGCAGGAAAAGGGAGGACAGAGGACGCUAUGAGCCUGCACUGCUAAAAGCAGUGGGAUUAUUUGUAACCCCCCUGGAGCAACGAAGGUUUCAACAGUUUUCAGGCCUGGAGAGGAAGAUUGUGUUUGGGCUGAGUCCAGAAUGUGCACUGUCAGAAGAAGCACAUGAGCUCCGUUUUGCCUCAUGAGCCAUUAAACACCUCUACGUGCUUUAUGAAAAGAGGGCAGCUUUCCGAAAAUUAUUUUAACAAUACAGGUGCCAGAAAGAGCAGAGUCUCUUCUCUGGGGGAGGUGGCAGCUACUCCUUCUCACAUAUUGCAAGUGAGAAAGUCAAGGCACAGUAAGUACCGUGUGGAGCCAAGAAAUGUCUCUUGGGAGUGACCUUUCACUCUGUGUGCUGUUACUGUCCUUUUCCUCCUCCUAUACACUUAUGGCAGACUGACGAUUGGUCCCCUGCCUCUGGUUUUCCUAUCCAGUCCAUCUUUCAGGGACCGGCGGUUCUCCUUAAAUGGGGAACUGACUGUGUGGCAUUCCCUGCCAACGUAUCUGCAGGGAGGCCCUGCAGGCCAGAAGCCAAACCAAUUCUCAAGGCUUUCCAUGACACACCCUGACUUCCUCUCCUAAUGCGUCCUUUGUUAUAACUCCUCUCCCAAGGCGUCUAAGGCAGCCCAGCCUCGCUGACCCAUUUUGGGAGUGGGAGGGAGGAUGCCCCCCAGGCUACUUACUUUAACUGGGUAUCUCAGGGGCAGCACCUUGUUGAGUACCUCAUACUGGCUCUGGGUCUCGAGCUUCAUGGGCCCACAACUUGAUUUCCUCUUUGCACUAAGCAUGGAUUGGUCUCUUGGAGAUGGUUUGAUGCCAGUCAAGCUCACAAAAGACCAACGCACACAUGAAAAUGUCACCCUGUCAGUUUACAGUGAGUACUGUAGUAGUAAGUGGGCCAGAUGCUUUUGCUAAUCCAUAUAUUCAAUGGCAACAUUGGAAGCCAAAUUAUGAGCAUAGCUUUGCAGCAAUGGGGAUCCCAUUCAAAUGUGUGAAGAGUCUAGGCAAUAUUCGACUAGUGCAGUCAUCUCUAAAAUCGGGAUAUUUCCACCACAAGGACUCAGACAGGUCAGGUUUUCAAAAUAAAGCAAAUUUAUUUUUCUUCUCUCCUAGUUUCCAAAGUUUCCAGGUUGACCACCAACCCUCCCCUUACUCCUCCCAACACACACACACACACACACACACACACACACACACUGCUCAUGUUCAUCCUCUAUCUGUUCAUACGUUCACCUAGGCUCAAAACUGCUUAUCCUCUGCUGCUGGCCUGGGAAAUGGUCUGUCUGUAAGAGGCCUUUGCACAUCCCUGAGCUCUUCCAUUAUGAUUUGGUGUUAAUUUUAACCAACAGCCUGGAUGGCAACUCUACCACCCAUGCCAUCCCUACCGACUCCUGGCUUCUGGCUGUGCUUCUCUUCUCUGCCUUCAAAGCCUUGUCUGCCCCUCUACCUGCUGAAAUCCUAGCUUGUCGAUCAAGUCUUUGUUCAGAAGGCCAACUCCUCAAAUUAAACGUUCGCCAUCCCCCUGAUCUAAAUUUUGUCUCUCCUUUUGCAGCCAUUCUCUGGCUUAGAAACUUUUUGAGGAUUGUGCCAAAGUCAUUAUAAACUGUGCCAGAGAAGUAGCUGUCAGCAUAACAAGAUCUACGUAAUACUCUCCUAUCAUGUUUUCUUUCCAGUGUAUGUGAAGUAGAAAUAAACACAUUUCCCUUUCUCUGGUCAGCCCCCAAACAGCUAAGCCAAUGCCGUGCUCUUCAAUGCAAACUUGCUUUCCUGUUUCUAAGGAUUUUUAAGUUGCUUUGGAAAUAUUCCAGCUUCCAGAUUGCUUUUUAACUUUUAUUUGUGUUUGAGAGGCAGAGAGAGACAGAGCAUGAGCUGGGGAGGGGCAGAG